GAGUGGAUACACAACCGGAGGGCAGUUUUGAAGGACAUGGUGGACCCAAAGAAUGUGGGGAAGUGGAAGGCGAUGCGGUGGUCGAGCGCGAAGCUGCAAGUGAAAGCGGAUCUCGUGUACUUCACACUACGGAGGGAUGCUUGGUGGACGGAGCUAAGGAAGGUGGUGGAGAUGAUGGAGCCGUUGUAUCUCUUACUGCGGAGGAUGGACAAGGAUGGGACCGCACCGUCAAACCUUGUGGAGUACAACCGACUCAUGGAGAGGAUGCUAGCGGAGGUUGUGCACGCGUUGGCUUUUCUUCUCGACCCGCGAAGGAGAGAUCUAAAGUGGUUGUUGGACCGGGACAACGCACUUGUGCAAAACGCGCUGCGUUAUUUGCAGAGGCAAAUUGGCGGACAUUGGAAGUCCAAGACGCAAGUUGGGAUAUUGAGCGACCUACGCGAGUUCCACAAGAAACCCACCGCAUACGACCCCAAGCGGAAGGACAGGAAGAUGUGGGAGGAGGAUGCGGUCACGGAUGGUGGUUGUAUCUCACCGUCGGAGUGGUGGGUAACACAUGGUGGCGAUGUACCGAAGUUGCAGGCCAUUGCUAUCAAAGUGAUGGGCAUGUGGAGCACUGCAACUCCGGCGGAGCGUAAUUGGUCCUUGAUGGACUUGGUGCACUCCAAGCGACGAAAUCCGUUGAAGCCCGCAACCGUGGAGAAGCUUGUGUACAUUCAUUGGAAUAUGAAUCUGUUGCGGGCGAGCAAGAAUGUAAAGGACCAUCACUACGUCGAUUUGUGGGCGGAGUUCUUCGAGUCUCUUCCGAAUGCGGAGGAGGGCGAUGAUCCUCUUUUGGAGGAACCCGAGGAGGGGAAGGGGAAAACGGAGGAGAAACAGGCGCGGGAACGGACCUUCAUCAAGUUAUCAAAGGGCCGGAUUCCGAAGAACCUCGAAGAAGAUGAAGAGAAGCACACAAACGACAACGAUGCGUGGUUGCUGGAGAAGUACCAGCUCAGCGAUCGGUUACUCGACUUGCGAGAUUUGAGGGCGGUGGAUCAUAAGAAGUUUGGUACUACCAAACAAUUCUUAUCGGACUUUGAGCGUGUGGCUCGCCUAAUCCCGAAUUUAUCCGAUAAAGAUCGCUGCCUCAUCUUCCUUGAUAACUUCAACGACAUCGAGCAAUCGAAGUUGGUCGAAGGGAUGCAAGGGAGGUAUCACUGGACUAAGGUCCGGCAAAAUGCGCUAGUGGCGAAGUUCGAUGAUAUCCUCUACCGGUUGUUGAGGCAGCAAAAGGAGGAGCGGGAAAAGGUGAAGCUGGGAGAAGUAAAGAACGGUGAAAUUUACAAAACUUUGACCUGCAUGAGAGAAAUGAUGGAGGGCAUAAAGGAGGAAAGGCUGAAGUUUCAAGUCAUGUUGGCCAAAGAGAAAAAGAGUAAGACGAAAGGGAAAGAGUCAGUGGAAGAAGAAAGUGACAGUGAGAGCGAGGAGGGAAAUGAGUCGCCUCGGCCUCGAACGAAAGACCUGGCGGAGGUGUUGUUGGGCAUUCGCCGCUUUGUCUGGGAGCACAUCAAUGAUGUGGUGAAAAUCCUUAAGAGGUUGAAGGAAUUUAAUCUCACAGCUAGUGGGAUUAAGUCUCGGCACUGUAUGAAGAGAGCAGUGAUCUUGGGAUUUCUUUGCGACGAGAAAGGUCGCCGGCCGGAUGCGAAGAAGUCUAAUAAAAUCUUGGAAUGGACGACCCCUUUCAAGUCGAUCACAGAGAUCGCAGAGGAAAUGAUGAAGCUGGCGUUGACCGAUGACAUCGACCUUGUGCUUGAUCCGCUAACAAUUGAACAGGGUCAUAGGCAGUCUGACGACGCUUUCCAGACCAUGGGAAGGAUGUCAUUCAUCAUGAACUUGUUAGUUCAUGAGGAUCGCCUGAGGUUAAUGAACACGGAAGAAGGAAGCAGUGAGGUUAAGGAGACGUUUAAGGAGAAGGAGUACGAAAGGGAGUAUAAAAAAAUAGGCAUGUGGUUGAAUGGGGAAUUGGAUGAAAGUGAGGUUGAUCCAGUUGUGCGGGAGAAGAGCAAAGAAUUCAUUGUUCAUGAUGGUCACCUUUUUAAGAAAGUUGCUGAUGGUGUCCCAAAGAGGGUGGUAUGUGGAACCUCUCGACAGUUAGAUGUGAUUGUUGCUCUGCAUGAUGGGGUAGCCGGCGGGCAUAGGUCUACGCGGGUAACUCUGAACAAGAUCCAACGUCUCUAUUUCUAGGAAGGGAUGAGCAAGAUGGUGAUCGACUUCUGUAAAUCUUGUUUCCCUUGCCAACAGAGGUCUAACAUCCACUACCUCGAGCCCCUCCUUCCACGGUAUGUGGCAGAACCAGGUGCGGUGGUGCAUUUGGAUCUCCUGGUAAUGCCACCUGGGAUAAAUGGGUACAAGUAUA